CGAGAACGAGAACGUACAAAUCAGUUUGCGCUUGGUCGAGGAUCUUCGCCGUGAGUUGACACUUCCACAGUCAUCUGGCACGUUUAUGGCCGCGCACGAGUAUGGAUACUGAUUCGUGCAAUCUGCACUGUGAUGUAGCGCCAUCUACGGCAAAAAUAAACGUGAACUUUUGAACUUUCCCCUUUCGCUGUCUGCCAUUUUGUGUUGCGUGUUGCUGGCCUUGUGACUGUUGAUAUAUUUUGAGAAACUGGACUCGUAUCGUUCGAAAUGUUUGGUCUAAUAUCACGUCCAGCAAGGCGGUUGACACAAGCGGUAUCAUCAUUUUACAGAAAUGGCAGUACAUUAGUGAUAGCAGAGCAUACUAAUGAGACACUGACACCUGUCACACUUAAUACUAUCACAGCUGCUAAUAAGAUAGGUGGUGAUGUUGUGUGUCUAGUUGCUGGAACAAACUGCUCUAAGGUUGUAGAGCAGUUAGCACAGGUCAAGGGUGUAAGUAAGAUUCUUGUAGCAGAUAAUGAAGCAUACAAAGGAUUCUUAGCAGAGGCAUUGACACCACUGGUAUUAGCCACACAACAACAGUUUAAUUUCUCACACAUAACAGUAGGAGCUACUGCAUUUGGCAAGAAUCUUCUACCUAGAAUUGCAGCCAAACUAGACGUAGCUCCCAUUUCUGACAUCAUUGGUAUUGAAUCAGAUGACACAUUUGUCAGAACAAUAUAUGCCGGCAAUGCUGUCGCAACAGUCAAAUCAAAAGACCCAGUCAAAUUAUUCAGUGUCCGGGGCACUGCUUUUGAAGCAUCUGGAGAAACUGGUGGAUCUGCUGGCCAGGAAGAAGCACCUAAAGCAGACAUUCCUACAGGUUUGUCAUCAUGGCUUGGACAAUCCUUGAGUGAAAGUGAUCGUCCUGAACUCACCAGUGCCAAGACUGUCAUAUCAGGAGGGCGUGGCAUGAAGAAUGGUGACAAUUUCAAGUUACUCUAUGCCUUAGCUGACAAACUGAAUGCUGCAGUUGGUGCAUCACGUGCUGCAGUCGAUGCAGGGUUUGUACCAAAUGAUAUGCAAGUUGGACAAACUGGAAAGAUUGUUGCACCGGAUUUGUAUAUAGCAGUUGGUAUAUCUGGAGCCAUUCAACAUUUAGCCGGUAUGAAAGACAGCAAAACUAUCGUAGCUAUUAACAAAGACCCAGAGGCACCAAUCUUCCAAGUUGCUGAUUUUGGAUUAGUGGCUGAUCUAUUUAAGGCUGUUCCAGAAAUGACAGAAAUUCUUGCCAAGUAGAGCAGAUAAAUUAUCUACCAAUACAAUUACGGGUUGGCAUGGUUUUAAAGCAGUGUCUUUGAACAAGAUGAGUUAGAGCAUUGGGUACACAGCUCAGUGCUACAGGCCAAGGGUGAAUUAUUGUAGAAUCCGUAUCAUAAAGCCAAAAAAAAACAAAGCCAUUUGUGAGGUGAAUAAUUUUUUAUUACAAUCAAUACUACCUGGGGGCCUUGUACAUUCCUGAAUUACUCUAUUGUAUAAUUGUUUGGUGAAUGCAAGUGAAAUAAAAGCUACAAUUAAAGGCGA